GCGCGGGCACGGCGGCGAAACGAUGGUGUCAUGCCACGUUGCAGCCAGCGGAGCGACUGUGGCGCGCGUGGACGGCCUCGGACCUGGAGGCUUCAUGAUCGGGUCAAUCUGCGUGGGCAAUGACACGGCGGGGGGCGGCGGCUUCUGGGCCCUGCUGGACAUUUGGAACGCGCUCAGGGCGUUGCCCCUGAAAGCUGGCAGCUGGACCAGGGCGACCAAGGGCCAGCUCAUCGACGCAGGCAAGAGCGCGCGCCAGGUUGCAGCGGACACGGGAGCGUCGGAGUUGGAUUGGUUCAUUGCGGAUGUUGGCCUAGCGGUGAUCGACGCGCAAGAGGAGGCGAACUUCCAUUUCGCCGAGGGAAAGGAUGAGAUCCAGUCGGCGACGGGGGCGACCAUGGGCGCGCCCCGGAGCGACUUGCGCGGGCGCGCCGAGAGCGAACUGCAGCGCGCGUACUGGGGUGGCGAUCUAGAUGCUGACAGGCGCCGGGGGCGCGGCAGGGCGCCGCAGUUUUCCCGGGGCGCGCCGGCCCAG